CGGGGCUGGCAGGAUGCCGGAGGCGCGGCGGCGCGGAGUGCGAGUGCUGUGGCCGCUGCUGUGGGUGGCCCUGGUGCGCUGCUACAACGUGGACGUGGGUCGCCCCGUGGUUUUCCAGGGUCCCAACAGCUCCUUCUUCGGGUACUCGGUGCUGCAGCACUACCACGACAGCACGCGGUGGGUCUUGGUUGGUGCUCCCAAGGCAGAAUCUAAAUACAGCACCUCUGUUCAGUCCCCAGGAGCAGUGUUUAAAUGUCGAGUCCAUACCAACCCUGACAGAAGAUGCACAGAACUGGAUAUGGGACGAGGCAAUUCUCGGGGCACACUCUGUGGAAAGACCUGUAAAGAAGACAGAGAUGAUGAAUGGAUGGGUGUGAGCCUGGCUAGACAGCCAAAGGCUGGUGGAAGUGUGCUGGCAUGUGCACACCGCUGGAAAAACAUCUACUAUGAGACAGAGUACAUCUUGCCCCAUGGCUUCUGCAACAUCAUUCCUCCCAACCUGCAGUCCAAUGGGAGAAAGCUCUUGCCCUGCUAUGAAGAGUACAAGAAGAAAUAUGGGGAGGAGCACGGUUCAUGCCAGGCAGGGAUCGCAGGCUUCUUCACCGAGGAGCUGGUCAUCAUGGGGGCUCCAGGAUCGUAUUAUUGGACAGGAACUGUCAAAGUGCUAAAUCUCACUGACAACACAUAUUACAAGCUGAACGAUGAUGCUGUGAUAGCCAGGCGAUACACAUACCUUGGAUAUGCGGUGACAGCAGGUCAUUUCUCUCAGCCAACUACCACUGACAUUGUAGGAGGAGCUCCCCAGGAUGGAGGUAUCGGAAAGGUUUAUAUUUUUAGAACAGACAGACGAUCAGGCUCUCUAAUAAAAAUUUUUCAGGCUUCAGGAAAAAAGAUGGGCUCUUACUUUGGCUCCUCCUUAUGUGCAGUUGAUCUGAAUUCUGAUGGGUUGUCAGACCUGCUGGUUGGAGCACCUCUGUUUUCUGAGAUCAGAGAUGAGGGUCAAGUCACAGUCUAUAUCAACAGAGGAAAUGGAGUGCUGGAAGAGCAGCUCAUCUUGGAUGGUGACAGCGCUUAUAAUGCACACUUUGGAGAGAGCAUAGCCACCCUUGGCGACAUUGAUGACGAUGGCUUCCCAGAUGUUGCCAUUGGAGCACCUAAGGAGGAUAACUACAUAGGAGCAGUGUACAUUUACCAUGGGGAUGCCAAUGGUAUUAUACCUCAGUACUCUAUGAAGCUGUCUGGGCAAACAGUAAACCCAAAGCUGCGUAUGUUCGGCCAGUCCAUCGGGGGAGUUGAUAUGGAUGGCAAUGGUUAUCCAGAUAUGACUAUUGGAGCCUUCCUGUCAGACAGUGUGGUACUUCUGAGAUCCAGGCCUGUUAUUACCAUGGACAUCUCCAUUUUCCUGCCUGUAUCUAUCAAUAUCACAGCUCCUCAGUGCCAUGAUGGCUUGCAGCCGGUGAACUGCCUCAAUGUCACAGUAUGCUUUUGCUUCAGUGGCAAGCGUGUUCCUGGAGAAAUAGGUUUGAAUUAUAACUUGACUGCUGAUGUGGCAAAGAAGGAAAAGAGCCAUCAAUCCAGAAUUUACUUUGUGACUUCUGGAGAGACAGCAGGGCAGAUCACAGAGAAGUUACAACUGUCGUACAUGCAGGAAAAGUGCGAGCAUUACCUAGCAUAUGUCAAGAAAAGAGUCAAAGAUGUCAUCUCUCCAAUUGUAUUUGAAGCUGCAUACAGCCUUCAGGAACAUGUGAUAGGAAGAGGAAAAGAGGACAAGGAACUAUCUACUCUCAAGCCCAUUCUCCGCUGGAAGAAAGGACAAAAGAUAGCACAAAGGAAUCAGACUGUUUUUGAGAGGAACUGUCGGUCUGAUGACUGUGCUGCUGAUUUGAAACUUCAGGGUAAAUUACUGCUAUCUAGUGUUGAUGACAGAACUGCCUACCUGGCCCUGGGAGCGGUGAGGAACAUCUCGCUUAACAUUUUCAUCUCUAACGUCGGGGAUGAUGCCUAUGACACCAAUGUUUUCUUCAAUUUUUCUGGGGAGCUCUUCUUCAUCAAAAUGUGGCAAAAGGAGGAGCUGGGCAUUGCCUGUGAGUUGUUGGAAUCAGAUUUUCUCAAAUGCAGUGUGGGAUUUCCUUUCAUGAGAUCAAAUUCUAGGUAUGAGUUCAGUGUGAUCUUUGACACAAGCCACUUGUCUGGGCAGGAAGAAAUGCUUACCUUCCUUGUCAGUGCCCAAAGUGGAAACCUAGAACGCACUGAAUCUCUGCAUGAUAAUAUUUUAACCCUGUCGAUACCUCUGAUGCAUGAAGUGGCCUCGUCCAUCAAUGGAGAAGUCUUCCCUACUUCAUUUUUCUACGGUGAUUCUGUGGAAGCGUCCAACUUUGUUCGGUUGGAAAACCAUGAAUGCCUUUUUCAGUCUCUCAACUUCACACUGCAGGUUUACAAUGCUGGACCAAGCACUCUCCCUGGAGCUUUUCUUGACAUUUCAUUUCCAAACCGCCUCUCUGCCACUGGAGAUGAAAUAUUUCAUAUUCAGCAGAUGAUGGUUGGCCAGGACAAAGGAAGCUGUUCUUUCCACAGAAACCACAGCCCGUGUGUUGUUCCUCAAGAGAAUGAAAAUAUUUUCCACACAAUAUUUGCUUUUUUCACGAAGUCCGGCAGAAAAGUAUUGGACUGUGAAACACCACACAUGUCCUGCUUAAUUAUACACUGCAACUUAAGCUCACUACCCAAAGCAGAGUCCUGUGAUAUAAGUAUCUACAUGCUGCUGAAUACUGAGAUACUCAAGAAGGACAGUUCCUCGGUCAUCCAGUUUGUCACAAGGGCAAGACUGAGGGUGGACCAUGACCUCAGAGUUGUGGAGGUGCCCAGUGGGAGCCCAGAAGAAAAACCAGUGGUCUUUGAGGCUUUGCACAAUCUGGAGCCUCGUGGAUAUGUUGUCGGAUGGAUCAUUGCCAUCAGUUUGCUGGUGGGAAUUCUCAUCUUCCUAUUGCUUGCUGUGCUCUUAUGGAAGAUGGGCUUCUUCCGCCGGAGAUAUAAAGAAAUUAUUGAGGCCGAAAAGAGCAGAAAGGAGAAUGAAGAUAGUUGGAACUGGGUCCAGAAAAACCAGUGAACUGCCCAUGAAAACUAAAGCCCAGUCAUGUGACACGUGCUCACUAGCCUACAGGUCCUGCUCUCAUAUCUUCCAUAUGUGGAAGAAGGAAUCUUCUCCAGAUUUUUCGGAGACCCCAUUGAUGCUGUGUCUUUAUCACUCAAAAAAACUAGGGAACAUAUCCUGAGGCAACCACUGUAGCCAUGUCAGGUGACUGGAGCAAUUCAUACUUCAUUUAAGAGUUGAACUUUGAACUUUGGUAACCAAGCUGCAGUGCAGAGCAAUAUUUAUGAAUCCAACUAUGUGGUAUACCCUCAGGGGAAGACUGUUACCUAAAAAUAUAUUUUAUAAAUAUAAGCUUUUUAUAUUGAGUAUGUCUUUAUAUUUGUAUCGAUGUUUUAUAAUUUCUAGUGAAUAGUAUAUAGCUCACUCAAGCACUGAUAUCUGGCUAAAUCUUUGGAAAUACAUAUAUGUAUAUAUAAAUUCUAUUGUACUUUUAAACUUCAAUGCGAGAGAAAAGAGAUGUGCAGAGAAAAGUGACUGAAAUCCUCAUAUGCUUAAUUCACAAGGCUUGGUAAUAUUUUAUAUAGAACAUUUAAUGGAAAUAAGCCAAAAUCUUUUCACUGUCUCUUUUUUUGAGUUGAACUUGAUAUUUGAUUUAUAAGCUAAAGAACCUAAAGUUUUUCACAGUUGUGACAGUUGUGAUGUUCUGGAUCUUGAGUCAGUCCUUUACUGGCCUAAAUGGGAGAGGAUGAAAACGCUUCCUCAGUGAUAUGUAGCAAGAUGUAGAUUGCUUUGGUUCACUGAAAAAUGUAUCACAGAAUGUUUUCCUUUGGAAAUUUAUCUCUUGCAGUCUCUAGGAUUUUUAUACUAGUCUAAGAUUGUACAACUGAGAUACCAGAAGGAUAUAACUGGGCCAAGCAUUAUGGCAUUGACAAAUUCCUUGGAAUAAAAAAAAAAAAUUAAUGGAGCCAUAUUAGUAUUAAGAGGGAUAUUUUUAAAGCUGCUGUUCACAAUUGUUAUCUGUUGCUAUCAAAUCAAGUGAUAAAUUGCUACAUCUCUGCCUUGUGAGUUACAUAUGUAAGUCAUGGGUUUGUUUAUGUGAUAAUUUUAAGAGAAAUAAGUAGAUGCAAGACUUGUUUGUAUCUUUGGAUCUCAAGAUUCCCUGUCUAGGUGUUCCAAGUACUGAAUGUCAUCCUUCUUCAAGCGUUAAGAAGGGAGUUUAGUCAAGGUGCAGAUGUUACUGGAUCUCAGAUUUCCACUUUGGUUGCUGAUAAUUACUUAAUCAUUUGUUGAAUUAGAAGAGACAUAGUUGUAAUUAAUUCAACCAUGUUUCUUUAAAAAGAGCUCUUGGAUUUCUGAAUAGAAAUAGUGGAACUCUGUAAGACUUGGGUUUAGAUUCUACUUGUAUUUUGCACUUUGUGUAAAUAAGAAGUAAAUGUCAUGUUGGUAUAAAAUCCAUAAAAAGGAAAGAAAGGUCAACCUCAUUGGUAGAAAGUGAAACCAGGAUUGAAAGGUUGCAGGAUGUCUUAUUCCUUAAAGGUAUGGUAAAAGAACAUUAUAUCCACUAUAGCUUCAAAUUUUAAAAAUUGAACUCAUCCAUAUUCCUGUUUGCUUUUUACCCCCGUGGCAUUAAGUGUCUUCUAUUACUACAGUAUUGAUCAAUAUUUAUUAACUAUUAACUAUCUGCAUGCAUUAGGGAGAAAAUAGUUUUAAAGUGAAUUAAGUUUAUUGACAUAACAUCUGACAAGAAAAGCUAUUGGUCUAUUCAGUUAUUAUUCUUAAAACAAUCACUGGUGACUUGACACAUUCUGUGUAACAAAUGAUCAUUUAAGCCAGAAUCCAAGGCAAAGUCCUGUUAUAAUCACAUGUAGCAGAGUACAGAUUCUUCAUCAGAGUGCAAAAACAAGAGGCUCGUGGUAUUUGACUGCACUAUUGUAUUAUCACAGAGAAAUAGAAUGAUAGAAAGCCUUGGGUUGGAAGGGAUAAUAAAGAUCUAAUUCCAAGCCCCUGUCAUGUACAGGGAAGCCUUUCACUAGAUCAGGUUGCUCAAAGCCCUAUCCAGGCUGGCCUUGAGCACUUCCAGAGAUGGGGCAUCCAUAACUUCUUUAGGCAACCUCUUUCAGUGCCUCACCAUCUCCACAGUAAAGAAUUCUCUCCUAAUACCUAAUCUGAACCUGCCUCUAGCAUUAGAAGCUGAUGAAUUCCUCACAGUAUGAUAUUUCUGACAUCAGUUAGUUUUGCUGGUAUCUUAACCUAAUUUGUUUGGGCUUUUCUGUUACAAAAUAUCUAAGCUGGACAGAAACUGGAUACGAGAUUGAAUCUCAGCUAUGAAUUGAAAAAGAAACUGCUUUAAGUACUCCCUGAAAAAAAAAAAAAAGGAGUCUGUUUAUUAGCUGUAAGAACCUUCAGUAUCCACCCUCUUUAAAACUGAGCCCCUCGAAAAUUCUUAAAAAGUAAAUUUGCUGAAAAAAUAGUUCAAGGAACAAGUGAAAUUAUUUGUGAAUUUAACUGUAUUUAAAAGUUUCUAUCUGAAAAAAAAAAGGAGGAAGUUCCCUUUGAAAAGUUGAAAUGCUUAAUUACCAUUUUUAAAUAGAAAUUUAUUUUAAAAUCUGCCAAAAAUGUUUCAUUAAAAUAUUUUAAAAAUAAAAAUUAUUUAUUCUUUGAGACAUCUUUUAAAAGUAUAUAAAGAAAAGACUUAGAAAAGGUAAAAUACCCAUUUAACAUUUUAUAUUUUGUUGGACUUUUUUUUGUUUUGUCUCAAGGCAAAAUGGUCUUUCUUAUUUCCUUAAAGUAAAAAACAAACAAAAUUAAAUCCCAUUUGAUUGAGCCCAUACUGGACUUUUUGGAUUUCUGACCUGAAUUGUCAGAGAAUUGAUCCAGCUCAUCCCUUAAUGAAAAUCUAGUUGUUGGCCAGAUGAGUGCCAUGUUCUUGAAACGAUCCACAAAUUCUUAGUAUUAUCACUGUUAGGCCCUCAGUAGAUCUGUUGUAACAUGGGGGUUUGUUUUUAUAUGUAUACUCUCCAUAUUUUUUUCUUUCUUUUACGUUUUUUCUUUUUAGUCAAGUUCUAUUGUGGCUCUUGCAUGCUUCCAGUUAGGAUACUCAGAUAUGACAAUGAAACAUAUCAAUCCUUCAUAUUAAAAUAUUGUAGAUGCACCUUUUCACUCCUUAAAAAGCAGCCAAACAAAAAGUCCCACUAAUAUCAGUUGGUUGCAAUCAUUUUUUAAUCCCAAAAUCUUACAAAAAAGUAAUAUCUGCUGGUUUGGUUGGUUGUUUUGUUGUUUUGUUUUAAUUAGGAGACCAUUAUAAAUAUAAUUGUAUCAAAAUCUGGAGACAUGGUUACUUUGGAAAUUGCAUCAGGGCUCUAAGGUUCCCAUGUGUCAGCUGCUUGUUAGUUUCUUUGUAUUGUUUUAAUUCUGCAGCAGCUGGAGGUAAUCAUUAUACAAGUUCUCUCUGGUUAAUCCAUUUUGAGACAAUGUCUUUAGUUGUCUUGGACAAGUUCAUUGAAAGGUUUGCUAAAUUGACGUUGUCUUUUUUUUUCCAUCGGGUUCACAUUGCACUAUCUCUAAGCUAUGCAGGAGAAAGCUUAGAAGUGGGGCAGUAACAUUUUCAAAUGCAUCCUCUGGCAUCUGAGAGAUCUGAAGCUUGCAAUGUGUCUUCUUACAAAUAGUACCCCUGAAGUUGUUUUUAGGACAGGAAGAAAACAAUCUCAGAAAAAUACCAUGAGGAAGAAAGGAGGGGGAAUUAAAUAAGAAAAUCAUUUAAUGCAAAGCCUGUGCUUUUGCAACCCCAUUUAGUUUCCAUCAUGACGUCAAGAAGAUCACAGUUAUUUCAUAGUUUUGGUGGUCCACAGCACAGUGGGCUUUCACUUCCCAAGAGAUGAGAGCAUUUGCCACCUUUCACAGCAUUUUUGUGUCCAUUUAAUUUGAAAACCAAGGGUCUUGGAGGUGAAUUUGCAUUGAUUCUCCUCAAGCAACAACACAACUAUUGUGCUCUAAGACUGUCACUAGAAUGCUCUGGUACUUGGCCAUUGUAGCUAACAAAAAUACCUGCUAUUUUUUCUGAAUAAACCUGGUUUUUUUAUUUAUGAGUUUAUAAUAAAGAAGUCAGCAAACUGUAGAAAAUACUGGAGCAGACUCUGAGUUGAAGUCAUCUCACAGGUUGCUUGGGUUAUCUGAGAGAAAUUAUGCCUGAUGUGAACCCCAAGCCUGUAAACUACUUAAGCAAUCCUCUCAUCUCUAAGUGGCAAAGGCAUUUGCAAUGCCAAGCAUAACAGUGAGAACAGCCCUGUCUGCCUUAAUACAUGAAUGGAAAUGACUCCACAUACUAAGUCAGUGAUGUGCACGUAGCCCAGCUUGCUGAAAGCAAUAGUUACACAAAGACUGUCUUUGACAAUAUUUAAUUUUGACUUUCCUGAAUUUCUUCUGUUUGUGAGCACAUUUCAGAGUCUUGCACAAGUUUGAAGCAUAGUAUCCAUGAGGCAGGGCAAUUUACAAUAUUGCCUUCACUAAAGGACUAAGGGAGUCAUGGAACGAAUUUCUGUCCUUUGUCCAGGUUCACCCGCUUCUAUAGUUUCUUGGAUAAAAAUGAAAGUAAAUUUUUUUCAUUUAGUGUGCCUUGAUUAAAUUGACAUGAAGACUGUAAUUGCUUUUGGAGCUUGGUUUGCAUAUGCACUAGAGUACCUGUACCAUUGUCACUUGUUUUUCUCAGAAUGUCACUGCUUAUGUAUUAUAAAAUUGUAUGUUUCUUUUUGUGAUCUUGUGGUUGAAAGACUGUGUGCACUCUCACUGAUGUCACCUGUAUUUAGAAGCUUAUGUUCACUUGUAUUCUAAUUAACUUGCACUGUUUUGGAAAUGUCAAGUUUACAAAAAUACAGUUUUUUUGAAUAAAAAAUGGCUGCAAAAUUAUCAUAAUAAUAUCAUUUUGUUAGUUAUUGUCCUUGUCCAGCUCAAGUAUUUUUCCAUUAAUUGGG